AUGGCUCCUCCUGCAAAGAAAAAUGUUAUCAAAAUGGACUUGAACUCGUUCUUGAACGACGAUUCAUUAGGUGAUUCAUGGGCCGAUGACCAAGUCGAUUUGAAUAAUAUCAACUUGCCACUGCAAAAUGUUGCAGCCUCGAAUACGAUUCCUCUAGAUCAGUUGGCAAGUGCCGGUAAGGGUGGUCAUUUGGAUAGUGCUUUAAUGCCUCCAAAAAGAGAGCGUGUAGAGUAUCCGGUUCCAAAUAAGCCGCCAUAUAGGGCUAGAAUCAGCAACCUUCCAUGGGAUGUUUCAGAUGAAGGUAUCCUUGCAUGGACCGAGGAUAACUUGGAGAAGCCAGGCUGUGUGGCGAAGGUUGUUGCUCCUAAAGACAACGACUCGGAUAGAUUGAUAGGGUGGGCGUUUGUCGUUUUUAAUGAGCGUGAAGAUCUGGUGAAGGCGUUGAGGUUAAGUGGGUGCAAAUUAAACGACCGUACCGUCUAUGUAUCUGUUGCUGCUCCUAAGGAUUUCUCUGGCGAAGAAAUAAACUUUGCUGGAGCUAGAGGUGCUAAUUUCCAAAGUUCAGCUGCGUUCAAGGAUCUAGAUUGGACUGCUGCCAAGGGCUCUAACUUCAAGGAAAAGAAACCUAGAAGAGAAGAACCAGAACUAAGCGCUGAAAUGAGAGGUGCUAACUUCAGAUCCGCAGAUCGUAUGCAGGAAAGCAGAGGAAACAGUUACGAGUCUAGAGAACGUAAGCCUAGAAGAGAUGAACCAGAACUAAACUGGCUCGAAAUGAGAGGCGCUAACUUCAAGCCAGAAGAACGCACCCAAGAGAGUAAAGGAUACAGUUUUGAACCUAGAGAACGUAAGCCAAGAAAGUCCGAACCUGACUUGGACUGGGCUAACAUGAAGGGCUCAAAUUUCCACUCGGGAGAGAGAAGGGCAAAAAGAAGUACCCAGGAGUUUGACUUCGCCAGUGCCAGAAAUGGUAAACCAGCCAGUGUUUCUGCUAAGAAAGUCGAAACCCCAGCACCAAAGGAGGAAACUCCUAAGGCUAAGAGAUCUACCUACGAUGUUCUUCAUGUUGACAGCGACGGUGAUGACGAGGAAGAAGAAACAGAAAAGCCUACUGAACAAAACACUGCCAAAGAUCCAGUCGCUGAAAUAAACCAAGCUACUAACAACUUAUCCUUAGACGAAGACGCCGAAUGGGAAACCGUUGGUAAAAAAUAA